CAGGAAACCAGAGAGUGAAAGUAAGAAGAAAGUGACGUACCCAGGCCAAAAGGCGAGUGACUUGCUGCCUCUUCGGGAUGUCUCCUCUGAGGGUAUACGGCCUUUUGGUUCUUGCUUCCUUCAGGCAGGCUUCAGGUACAGUCGGCCAGGAAUUCUUGAUACCGCCUCCUCGCAAUGUCAUGCUUGUGUCGAAGAAUUUCAGUCUGUUCUUGACAUGGCUGCCGGAUGCCAGCGUCCCUUCUGGAGUAUCCUACACCGUUCAAUGGAUGAACCCUUACAGCCUUCAGUGGAAUGACGUCUCACACUGCAGAGAUAUCUCUGAAACGGCCUGCAACAUAACGUGCGUGUCUACAGAACUGAACAACAGAUUUUCAGUCCAAGUGAAAGCUCAGAUGAAGAACAGCAACAGGAUUGCCUCAUCAGCAUGGGUGGAAUUGAAAGACAUAGACUACACUAUCCACGUGGAACUCGCCCCCCCAAUUCUGCAAGUCAGAAAGACUGAAAACGCUCUUCGAGUGAAUGCUACGUUCUCUUACCCAUCCUGCACAAAGGCCAUCUUGCAAGAUCUAACCUACUAUGACUUGGAGUUUGGGGCCAAUGGAGCAAAGAAAACAAGAAACUACAGCGAGGCUAUGGAUAAUGAGGUGGACAUUGACACCGCACAUUUGAGCAGUGGCAAAUACUGCCUUCGGGCCCGGACGUUCUUCUCCCUGGCCGAGAAAUGGAGCAGCUUCUCGGAGCCGAUUUGCAUGCUCUUACACAACAAAGAGGAGGAAAAGGGCACCUCAGAAAACUGGGCCUUUGUUGCUGUUCCAUUGCUACUCAUGUUCCCUGUUGGCGCCUUUGUUGUUUUCCACCGCUACAAAAGCAUGAAGAAACCAGUCAAGAUGCCUCGAGCUUUGGAUUUUUCCAAAGGUCCAACAAAGUUGCUGGAAUUUGGGGAAAUGGAAUUAAUCAAGGCGCAUCCUCUCAUGUGUACAGGAGCUCCUGUUGAAUUGGGAAGGAGGAACAGGACUGGUCUCCAGAUAUGCUCAGACUUGAGUCCUUCUAUGCAUUCAGUGUCAGAAGAUGAGGAGGAGGAGGAGGAGGAGAGUGGAAGCCCCAUACCUUACACUGAAAUGCUUCGAUUCCAAAAGAAAAGGAUAAACUGCCAAACGGUCAGCGUGUGUCAGGAAGGACCUCGCCCAUCUUCUGGAUCUUGGAGUUUUCUGCCAGAUUUAAUGGUGUCAGAGGUCCCUGUUUCAACAGGGUGGGUGACAGUGGAGGCGGAUACUUGCUUCCAAGAGAGCAAGGGGAUCUCAAGUUCUGGGAGUUCCUGUGUAGAGGAGUCCCUUGGGUUUCCAGUUGGCUGCCCAGCUGCAAGAGGAAAGGGAUGGAACAAUGUGAAUGGGGAUAUAGAUUUCCUGUCUGUAUUGAUGGGAGGAUCUGAUAUCAACCUUCCCAAUGGGCAGCAAUUCACGGCUGCAAGAGGCCAUCCUGAAGCCAGCUGUGAAAGACUGGAAGACUUAAAGAUACCUCUGUUUGGAAUACUAGACAACCUGGAUUCCUGUGGGCUCCUUCUUGAGGAGCAGUUUGUAGAUGAAGGAGGAUCUGAAAAUGACUCUAGUGACUGCGGAAGUCUUGUGGUCGAAAUGCCUUUUUUGAAGAUGCCUUGUAGGGAAGCCUUAGAAAAUGGGCUACAGAAAGAAAAGGGGGAGUUGGGACGGGACAGUCCUCCAGAAACUAAGUUCCAUGGGCCAAAACACACAUAUUACAUUGCAAGAACCUGAUGUGGAUGUUUUAAAAUUGGCUGGAUUUCCCUAGUUGUUUCAUCAGUAUCAAAGUGGUGAAUUUUGCACUGAAAGAUCUACAACAGUAAGAUUCACUGGGAAUCCCAAACUUGGUGCCCAUCAUGCAAAGAAGGGGAACCAGCGACCCUCCAGAGAUAUUCCCAUCAUCCUUAAGCAUCAGCCAUGCUGGCAGGGGCUGGUGAGAGUUGAGGUCCAACAACAUCUGGAGGGCAUCAGGUUAGCUACCUCUGGCCUAAGGAAUGCAUGAAGGAACUGCAGCAGAUGGAAAUGUUCUGCCACCCCCUCAGGGCUUCAAGGACAGCUAAACAUUAAAGGAUCCACUGAUGCCAGAAUCAAAUGGCAGUGUGGUAGAGACACUGUUGUAGUGGAGCCAUGAGUUGAGGGACAUCAUCUAAGGAAGUGGAGGAUUCAAAUUCGUGGUGGUGUUCUGCAGUUAUUAAUUUGUUUACACAGUGCAGUGUUUCAAAGAGGUGAUGAUGUUGUUAACAUAAAAUUCUGUUAACGGAAAUCUAAAACAGGCUUUCAAAACCCAGGCUGUGUACACAUAAUACAUUUAAAGCACAUGGCUUCCCCCUAAAGAAUCCUGCGAGCUCAUGAUUUACUCAUCACAGAGCUACAAUUCCCAUCACCCUUUGCAUAAUACAGUUUCCAGGAUUCUUUGGGGGAAGUCCUGUAGUUUAAGGGAAUGGUGUAUAUACAACUUCAAACGGGCGUUCAGAACCCUUGACAGAGAGUGGAGAGUGUCGUAAGAGACAUGAGCAUUCAAAAGAAUGAGGGCUAAAUUGGGGAGUGGGCAUGUCAAGCGGGAAGCUCUAAGGCUUGUAAGCGCGUUCAGUGUUCCCCCAAUUGGAAGCAUCUCCCUUAGUUACAAGCUCCCUUCAGACCUUCCAGGGAUGGAAUGGGUGCAAAGAGACAUCCGUAGCAGGGCUGGUAUGCAUGUGCUUUUCCCCCCUUCCCAGUUUAAGCCCUCCUGUGUUCUCUUGAAUGCUUUACUAAGGUCACAUCCACACCAUAUAUUUAAAGCACUCUUAUAUCACUGUAACAGUCAUGGCAUCUCCCAAAGAAUCCUGGGAAUUGCAGUUUGUUAUGGGUGCUGGGAAUUGCAGCUCUGUGAGGGGUCUCCCAGCAACUUUCAGCACCUUUAACAAACUACAAUUCCCAGUAUUCUUUGGGGGAAGCCAUGACUGUUUAAAAUGGUAUAACACUGCUUUCAACGCAGUGGCGGCUAGUAGCUCCCAUGUCAGUGAGGCAGUGGAAUCCGCUCCGGGUUUUAGUCCAAACUUUCACGGAGGACUAAAACCCAGAGUGGAUUCCACUGCCCCACUGACAUGGGAGCCACCAGCUACCACUGUUUAAAUGUAUAGUGCAGAUAGAAGCCAGGUGGAUAGUGUGGUUGGAGCACACCAUCUUGCGAACAGUUGGACUAGUGUUCGACCCAGUUGCAGUUCAAGAACACAGCACAGCUCGGUCUUUUUGAAACAUUUAAUGACUAUCUGGACAUCUAGCAGGCUGACUUACGCAUGAGAAUAAAAGGUAGUAUAGUAGAUUCUACUCUCAAAUCAGUCAAGUGGACUUCAGUGGAGAAGGAACUUGUGGAACGUUGACCAUUACACAGAAUCUGAGGCAGGCCCGACUGGUGCUUGUCUUUGGCUGCUGCUGUGUAAAUCCUUGUCCCCACCCCACCGUUUGCAAAAUGUGGGGAGAAAGAUUUGCCUCCCUCUUCAGAAAAGGCAGUUUUAACCCUGUGAAAUAGCAAAAGCUUCUAUCUUAGCUAAUUCAGCAUACGUAAAGAAAGCCAGGAGGCUCAAUCAAUAACAGUGCAAUCCAGUGUAUGUUUACAUGGAAGUAAGUCAUGGGUUUAGGAUGGCACUGUUAAUCUGAAUUAUAUAAGUUCUAAGCUGCUGUGUAUUCUAAGUGUAUAUUUUUAUGUGUGUAUAUCACAAUUACGUGCAUAUAUUUUUAGCUGAUUAACGGAAUCCUCAUAGGGAUCCAGAGCAAGCUUGGGUGAAGUUCUGUUUGUUGCUUCCAAAACUGUCUCUUUCUAUAUAUGUGUGUGUGUGUGUGUGUACAUAUUGUCACCUUCUGGUGGUGACAGCAGGCCCCACGGGCUGCCGAGUCUCCUUGUGAGCCUUGUAUUGUGGCUGGCCACUAGCUUUGCUAAGAAGCCACUGUGAAGGCAAGACAGGCCAAACCGAUCAAUCCGGGCAAUGUUCUGUCCAGCAUCCUCUUCUGUUUUCCUUCUUCACAUGAACUGAAGUUGGGUGUUGGGAGGAGGUUGGAGUAAGACAGGCAGAGGCAGGUACACGGAGGGAGGGCUCCCUUCUCUUGUGUUUGUCUUUUUCUUCCUGUGUCCCUAGCCAUUUAAGGGGGUGGAGGGACAGAAGAAGUUGACAACUGAGGGUUAAGAUAGCAGCCGUCAAAGGGUCAUGUUUGAUCCAGUGGCUUACCUAGUACUCAUCUCUCUUUCAGUGGGGGGUGAUGGUUCAAUGUCAGUGGGGCAGUGGAGUCUGCUCCGGGUUUUAGUCUUAACUUUCAAAGAGCUGUCCAGGGUUCUCCUUGAAAGUUCAGACUAAAACCCGGAGCAGGUUCCAUUGCCCUACUGACAUGGAGCCACCAGCCAAUACCUACUCUCUUUCAACAUUCAAGGGCCCAUUAGUCAAUUCAUACCAGCAGUGAUCAUCCUUGGUCAAUGUUUUUGGGAUUUUCUAGGAGAGAACAGACCUACAUUGUACAAAGCUACGCUUCCCUUUACCCCUGUGUCACCAAGCCACAUGUACUGGAAAUCCCCCUCCACCCCCACCCUUGAUAACACUCAGGGUGAUUCAAACAGUGUUUUUCUAAGGAAGUUUACUGUGACAAAGUCUGAUAUACAUCCAUGAAACAAAUGUGAAUUGUAACCUUGCCAAUUCCUCUUGUGGGCAUUAUUCCAUUUCUACAAACAGGAGCAGGUGGGAAUGAGACAUUUCUCUAGAAUGCGAAAUACUGGGUUGUAUCCAAUUUACUCAGAGUAGGCCCACUGAAAUUAAUAGACCUAGCUUGGACCACAUUCACACCAUACAUUUAUUCCACUUUAAACUAUCAUGGCUUCCCCCAAAGAAUCCUGGGAAGUGUCAUUUGCGGAGAGCACUCUUGUUAGGAGACCCCCCCCCUAUUCCCCUCAUAGAGCUACAAUUCCCAAUCUUGGGAAGAGGGACUGACAGUUAAACCACUCUGGAAAUUGUAGAUCUGUGAGGGGAAUAGGGGUCUCCUAACAACUCUCCGCUCCCUUCACAAACGACACUUUCCAGGAUUACUUGGGAGAAGCCAUAAUUAUUUAAACUGGAAAAAUAGUGAAAUAAAUGUGUAGUGUGGAUGUGGCAUUACUCGUGUUCAUUAAUUGCUAUGGGUCUACUCUGAAUAGGCCUAGCAUUGGAUAGAAUCUGCUGAAUACCCAAAUUGGUCAUCAGGUUGCCUUGGAAACCUCCCGUCUACUUUUAAAUUUGCUACUGAAAUGGGAGAUAUGGCAGCCUCACCUUCUUCUGACCCUUUCCCCCCUACGGGCCAUUUGUUUGCACCCUCACUCUUCACAAUUUGCUAUAGCAAAUGGAGUACAGCUCUCAUUUGUCCUAGCCAGCUCAGGGCUGAUGGGAGUUGUAGUCCAAAACAUCUGGACAGCACCAGGUUGGGGAAGGCUAUGCUAUAGUGAACAGAGCUGUGGGUGUGUGCCCCUCAACAGGCAGAAGGAAGGGUGAUGAGAAAGAAAUGGGGGGGAUUACAGGGUUGUGCCUUGUCUCCUUAUCGAAUAGAAAAGGAAACUCUGGGUUGGAAACUGGCAACUUAUCAAUAAACUAUGGUGCAUAUGUAUGUGUGCAUGUUUUCUUGAUUCUCUUGCUAAAUUGUAUGGUUAUUUACAUUGCCAUAGAAUGUGUGUUUUAUGUUUUGUACCCACAAA